AUCUAGUCACAUGAUCCAUAUCCCGGAAACACAGUCGCUUAUGGAUAAAAUGGCGAUAUGAGCAGCCACAGUGUAACACAAAGUGUGGCAGAACUGCGUCUCCCUGCAGACAACAAUGAUUAACCCGCCUUUCGCGGUUCACCGUAGGACUUGAAAUGCCAACUUUACUUAUUAAUGUGUAGUAAUAGAGUUGCAUGCAAGAGUAUGUAAGGGCACGCCACAAAUGGACAAAGACAGACUCGCAACCGGUGCAUGCUCUUGGCGGGAGAUGCAUGCUUUCAUUGGCGACCUUAUGGCAGCUAGUGCAUCAGUCUCUGGUCAUCCACUGAGAGAGCAGCCUACUGAGGAAACACUGAGCUCUGCCUGGGACUCUUCUAGGCCUGAGACUCUAAGACCCAAAGUCUCUCAUCCUCCCCAGUCAAACCCAUUCAGGCAGAGCCAGGUGAAAAGUGCAGUAGCUUUUGGUCUGCAUUCUGAGGAAAGGGCAAGGGAGUCCAAAGACCAUGAAAGCCAUGUUCAGCAUCGUACCUGCACAUGUUCUGGCUGCCCGCUUUCCUCAUUUGCCUCUCCUUCACUCCAGACCCUAAAACCCAGAGGCAGCCCUGUCUCACAAAUCUUACCACCCUCACCUCCCCAGUCCACCCCACCACAGCAGGUCAAAGAGCCCAGCUAUCUCCCUGUCGGCCUGGGCUUGUGUCUGGGUUUGGGUCUCUCUUUGGAGGAGGAGAGCAGUGCACCUACAAGUACGUCUAACCCUGAGCCUGGCCACACCCAGCAGGACAAAGGCACCAGCACCAACAGCCCAAUCCCGCAUACAAACCCAGACUCCCCACCUGUUCAGGCCUUUCCCUGUCUAUGCUGUCACUGCGGGAUUCAAUCCAGCACACAACUUCUGCGUCACCAAAAGGACCCUGACACACACGCCGCCCACUCCUACCACCAUUACCAUCACCACCACCAUCACUGCCCUCUCACCUCGUGCAUGCCAUGUGCACAGUUGCACCCUGCGGCCCAGUCACUCCCCUCCUUCCCAUGCCUGUCCUGCCAGCGCUCCUUCCCCACCUGCGCCCAGCUCUUGCACCAUCAGCAAGGCCACGCACAGCAGGAGGGCGUGCAGCAGCUUCCGUGCAUGCAUUGCAAUGCCUCUUUCCUCAGGCCUUCACAACUGCUGCAGCAUCAGCGUACCCAGCAUGCAUCCAAAGCAGGUGGCUUCCUUUGUGCAGAGUGUGGCCGUGCAUUCAACUCUCACAGCAAUCUGCGCAUCCACCUCAAUGUGCACACUGGCGCCCGGCCGUACAGCUGCACAGACUGUGGUAAGAGCUUCAGCCAAUCAGGGGCACUUAAGAUUCAUUGCCGAAUACACACCGGAGAGAGGCCGUACACCUGUUCUUAUUGCGGGAGGGGUUUCCCUCACCUGGCGGGCGUGAGAGCCCAUCAGCGCACACACACAGGGGAGAAACCUUACCGCUGCACCCAGUGUGGGAAAUGCUUUACUCAGUCUGGGGCCCUAAAGAUCCACACUCGGAUCCACACUGGUGAGAAGCCUUUCAUCUGCAGCCUCUGUGGGAAGAGCUUCUCCAACCGAUCUGGCAUCCGCUUUCAUCACCGCACUGUUCAUGGGAUUGUGACAGAGCCCAACUCUGUGGGCAGGCCUAGCCUGGCUGCUAAUGCACCAUCCCCUGGUUCAAACUUCCAGAGAAUCCAAGGCUCUGGUCAAGGUCCUGAUAAUUCCAGCAGUCUCAACCAGAUCCGUUUCCGGCAAAUGGAAGAGAGGAAUCCAUCCAUCAAAGGACAGUUAAGUGGCGAUGGGGACAAAAGAGCCCUUCCAUAUGCCUGUGAGGACUGCGGUCAGCGCUUUUCAGAUGCUCCAUCUAGAAACAGACACCAGACAUUACAACACUACUCUACGGAAGAGAGAGAGACGGAAGAGGGGGGUACAGAUAAGACCAGGGAGUAGACAGAAACAACCGACAAAGACUAUAACAUUGCUGGGUAAGUGACUCAAAAGAGGGAAGAGAAAACAAAGACAACUUGAAAAUGUGCUGAGCCAGAUGCAUUUGAGCUGUUUGACAACCUGUAAUAGGGCUAAUAGCUGGUAUCAGUCCAUUUAUACUGACUAUUCCUGUUUUGGUCAUGUAAGUUUCUUUUGCCUGUGAAUUGUGCCUCAAAAAAUCUAAACCUUGUGUUGUGAAAUAGCACCUUGAACAUUAAAUAUACACUCACUGAGCACUUUAUUAGGAACACUAUGGUCCUAAUAAAGUGCUUGACGUGGUCUUCUGCUGCUGUUGCCCAUUCACCUCAUGGUUCGACGUGUUGUGCAUUCUGAGAUGAUAUUCUGCGCACUUCAGUUGUAUAGAGCGGUCAUCUGUGUAACCGUAGUAUUUCUGUAGUAAACUCUAGAAACUGUUGUGCAUGAAAAUCAGCAGUUACAGAAAUACUCAAACCAGCUCGCCUGGCACCAACAAUCAUGCCUCGCUUGAAAUCACUGAGAUCAAAUUGUUUCCCCAUUCUGAUGGUUGAUGUGAACAUUAACUGAAGCUCCUGACUCGUAUCUGCAUGAUUUUAUGCAUUGCACUGCAGCCACAAAAUUGGAUGAUUAGAUAAUCACAUGAAUAUGUAGGUGUACAGGUGUUCCUACUAAAGUGCUCAGUGAGUGUAUAACCUAGCCAAAAUCAGUAUAAAUGUGUUUGUUUGUAUUAAUUAAUAAUUGCAAAGAUUUUGUGCUGUUUUUAUUUAGCUUUUUAAAUUGAAAAUAUUUAAAAUACUUUGCCAUUUUGUCGGUUGACCUAAUCUUUUCUUUUUGGAUUAAGUUGUUUCGUAUACCUGAUGUAUGUGCAAGUAUUUUGUAUCCAUUUUGUGAGAAUUGUAAAUUCUGUUAAUAUUUUUGUGUUCAUAUGACCUUUUAGUACUGUUUUGAUGAUGAAUAGGAUUAUUAUAAAAAGUUCUCAUUGGAGCCUUUGUUAGGUUUAAUAUAUGAGGAAGAAGUUACAGUAUGUGUGGAUAGAUGGAGGUAAAAGUGCCUUUCUUCAUAGGAAUCUUGAAAAGUAAAUAGAAACUAAGACAAAAUUUAAGAUUCUGGCUUCAAAAGUCAAAGAUCAAAAUAUGGUCAUCAACCAUUUAAUGGUUACAACAUAUUUGUAAAUUUGCAAUAUAUAAAAAAAAUGUAUCAGAAAAAUACAAUAAUAGUUUUAGAAUUAAUGCAGGUUUGAAAUUAAAUGAAUAAAAGUAUGCUUACCAGACUUAAGAUUAAAGCACUUAAACAUGUUGCAAGGAGGACAAAUAUUAUGACAUCAUUAGGACAUGUUAGCUACCUGUCAAGUGUGCCCUAUAAAGGGACUGACAGUACACAAGACUAAAUAUAGUGUAGAGGCUGUUUUCUUUUUUUUUUUUUUUUUUUUUUAAAUGGGCCAAUUUUGCGAACAUUUUGAAAAUGUGUGUGAUAACGGCAAAUUAAUAGUGGACAAAUAUUGUCCAUUAUUAUUGUGUGUAUAUUGUAUAUCUUCAUUAUUACACUGUUGAUAUGUGCAUCAACCUCAUUAAUACACCUGUACUGUGGAUAUAAAUGGCCAAUUGUAGAGCACAAUGAUUGUAACCACACAAAUCUGAGCAUCAGACUCUCCCCCCCCCCCCCCUCUUUUUGGUAAAAUUUACAAUAAGAUUCCAUUUGUUAACAUUAGUUAAUGUAUAAGGUAUCAUGAACAAACAAUGAACAAUAUAUAUAUAUAUUUUUUUACAGCAUUUAUUAAUCUUAGUUAAUGUUAGUUGAUAAAAAUACAAUUGUUCAUUGUUAGUUCAUGUUUGUUCAUAGUGCAUUAACUAAUGUUAACUAAUACAAGGUUUGGUUUAAAAAAUGUGUUUGUAUAUGUUGAAAUUAACAUUAACUAAGAUUAAUAAAUGCUGUUCAUUAUAGUUCAUUUUUACUAAUGUUGUUAACUAAUGUUAACAAAUGGAAUCUUAUUGUAAAGUGUUACCUUUUUUGUACUGUCACUUUAGCUCCUGUCUAUAUGUUCAUUGUGUACAGUACAUUUAUCAACAAAAACAACCUUGUGACAUAUUACAGUGAAAUCUAAUUUUAACAAGGAUUAUUUUUUGUUUUGUUUUCAGAUAAAAUAAGCUUUUCAAUUCAGCAUUCUGUGUUACAGUAAUUAUCAGUGUGACCACUUUCUUUGUCUCUUCAUUGAAAGAAAGCAGUGGACUGUGUGUUCAUGUGCCCUUUUAUAAUGAUGUUUUAGGCUAAUAAAACCUCUGGCAU